GGAGAGGAGUUGGAUGGAGAGAGGGAGAGGAGCUGAGGGACUCCUAAGUGAUCAAAGCAUUCCCUUCCAUCGCAACCAUGCCCUCUCCACCUCCGCCGCCUCGCUCCUAUCGACUGCUUCCUCAGUUGUUGGCGGGGCUGAUGGGAAGCUCGGGAGGCUUUAUGCAGGGGAUGUUGAUCGGAUACAGCCCCGUGGGGCUCGCCUCACUCAAACUCGACCCCAACCCUCCUUUCUACCUCAGCGACAUCCAACAGGCUCUCUUCGGGAGUUUGAUAUGGUUGUCAGCGGCGGUGAGCGUUUUGGUGGCAGGUCCUUUGACGGCACGAUUUGGGCGAAAGAAGAUUAUCAUCGCCUGCUGUGUCAUCUCCUACAUCGGCUGGCUCCUGAUGUCCUUCCCUCCUAACGUCUCAAUCUUCCUGGUGGGCCGGGUCGUCACGGGCUUCACUGGGCUCUGCCUCCCUGUUUGCCAAUUGUACCUGGGUGAAAUUGCUCACAAGGAUAUUCGAGGUCUCCUCAGCUCAGGAACUAUGAUCUUCCUCACUUUUGGGACCCUGCUCAACUACGUCCUUGGGACGUACAUCAAUUGGCGAACAUUGGGCGUCUUCAACGCUGCAUUCUUCUUAAUCGUCUUGCCUUUAUUCGUGAUUCUGCCAGAAUCUCCUAUCUGGUUGCUGACUAAAAAUCGGACUGAAGAGGCCAAAAUGGCCUACCGUUGGUUGCGGGGGCCCACAUACAAUAUCGAUGCGGAAAUCAAGGAGGUCACCACUCAUAUGGAAACCUUUCUGCAAAAAUUUACAAUAAAAGAGAUCUUCCGGUGGGCAUACCUCAAGCCAGUGUUUGUGCUCACUACACUUUUGUGCCUUCGGAUGGCUACUGGAGUUUAUGUCGUCUUCAACUACACCAUUGACAUCUUUAAGUCGGCUGAAAUCAAGAUUGAUCUGUACAUUGCAACCAUUUUGGUUGGAGUCGUCCAGUUUGUCUUUGCCAUCGUAUCGGCCUUUCUCAUGGAUAGGUUGGGACGCAAGAACCUUAGCAUUGCCUCAGCAUUCAUUAUGGGGAUUUGCUACACUGUGAUUGGUGCCUAUCAUUAUCUAAAUUUUCUUCAACAUCCUGUCGCUGAUCAAAUUCGAUGGUUACCCGUUGUGGCAGUGCUCCUCUGUAUUGCCAGCUUUGCUGGAGGCCUUGCAAAUAGCUUCUUCGUUCUCUUGACAGAGAUGAUUCCAAUCCGCAUCAAGAGCAUCGCGGCUGGAAUUAUCGUGUGCAUUGGGACUAUGGCCAACUUCGCAAUCGUCCAGGCAUUUCCAACUAUGCGGAUUGCCAUGUGGGAUCAUGGGGUAUUCUGGUUCUACGCAGCGGUCUGCUUCGUCCUAGCCGCAUUUUGUACUUUUUACCUGGUGGAGACCAAAGGACAAAGUCUCAGCGCCCUAGAGCGGAAGCUGACCAGUGCCAACAUUCUCGCAAAGGAAAACCCUGCCUUCGAGAUGGAGAUCAGUGCCAGCAACCUGGCGAAGCACAAUUCCGCCUUCGAGAUGGAGAUCAAUGCCAGCAACCUGGCGAAGCAAAACUCUGCCUUAGAGAUGACGAUCAAUGCCAGCAAAAUGGCAAAGGAGAACUCUGCCUUUGAGAUGGAAACUAAUGCCAUCAACCAGACAAAAGAGAACUGAGAUGGAGAUUGUUAUCACACCAAAAGUGUUGAAAGUGUCUGCAUAAAUCCCUCUGCAAGCAUUGCAAGCCAUGAUGAAUUAUCAUUGGUUCAUCUAAAAACUUCCCGAGACUACACUGAAAUGUUUUUCUUUUAUAACUGAACAGAUUUUAGUCUGAUUGUUGAAAUAUGAAAUAAAGUGUGCCAACGCAAUGUAUUAACGAAACAGAA